AUGGAUGCCUUUCUUUCGAGAAAACGGCUCAGGCUCUCUAACCCAGAGCCAAAGACGAACCAAGAGUCAUCACAACCCGACGACUCCACUGACAUCAAGUUAGCAAUAUUGCUAUCGCUCUUCCCGGACAUCAAACAGGAUCAGCUCCUCGACAUUCUCGUUUCAUGCGAAGGGUCAGUGGAGACUGCAUCUGAGUUACUCUCGACACAGGCGAAGGCAAAAAUACCCUUGACCAAGAAGCGAACAGCUCUUGCCUCGUCACUUGGCAUGCAAACGUCACUCUCAUCGCAUGUAUUGACAACAGCCGAAGAUGGAACCAUGAAGCCAAUAAAUGAAAUUUCGAAGAAGAGACGACCUCCCCCAAUCAAGAAGGGUCAAACACUUCAUCUUUACUCACCUGAGGAUAUUGCAGCCUAUACACCCUGCACAAUCGUCCAUAAUUUCCUGCCAACCGAAGCAGCAAACGCACUUUUAGAAGAACUACUGGAUGAAUCAAAACAUUUCAAGCGGUACGAUUUUCAGCUGUUCAACCGUACCGUGCAAAGUCCCCACACACAUUCUGUGUACGUAUCAUCGCCUGAGGAACACCGUCAACAAACGUCGGAAUACACCUACGGCGGUACAUAUCGAUCUAAUGUGCGUCAAGUCACGCCAAAGCUCCGCUCAGUAUCUAAACAGGUACAAACAGUCGUCAACGAUGAAAUUCAGAAACGAAUCCGAGACGUCUAUCCAGACGGGAAGAAGUUACAGUAUCAAUCAUCAAAAGAGUGGAAACCAAACGCAGCAUUUGUAAAUUGCUACGAUGGACCAACUGAGAGUGUGGGCUAUCACUCAGAUGAACUCACCUACUUGGGACCACAUCCAGUUAUAGGAAGCCUAAGCCUAGGCGUGGCCCGUGAGUUCCGUGUACGGCGCAUAGUAGCCCAAGGUGAAGACGAUAUCAACGAAGAAGCAAACGAGAACAAAAGUACGAGUCCAUCAACGAAGGUUCAAGAGAGCCAGAAUGCAUUAGCUACACGUGCAGAUGCCCAAGGCCAGAUCUCAAUACACCUUCCUCACAACUCACUCCUCGUCAUGCAUGCCGAAAUGCAAGAAGAAUGGAAGCAUUCUAUUACGCCUGCCCAGACAAUUUCUCCGCACCCUAUAUCCGGAAAUCGUCGCAUCAAUAUCACAUAUCGCUGGUAUCGUGAUACUCUGCACCCGCGGUACACCCCGCGCUGCCGAUGUGGCCAACACGCAAUCCUUCGGUGUUCACAACGCAAGCAAGAAUCACGGGGCCGGUAUAUGUGGAUGUGCUAUGCGGGUUUUGCGCCAGGAAAAGAAGGUUGCACUUUCUUCCAGUGGGCCGAAUUCAAUGAUGAUGGGGACCCAGUUUGGGAAAGGAAACAGAUCGGCGAUGAUGCGCCUGCGCUAGCGAAUUUUUCGGCUUCGCAGUAA